AGCGACUACUUCUCAUUUGAAUCUUGGGUUUUCCUUCCCAGCGGUAAUGUAUGCACAUAUUUGGGCUGUUGGCUGUUCAGUGUUCAAUUCCUUUUACAAAGAACGGUUUUUGUUUAGGCUGCUGCCCAUUCCCUUUCCUAAGCCCAACCUUGGGUAAAUUUUCUAUUGGAUAUUCCGGCCUGGGUGAUAGAAGUUCUAUAUAACUCAAUUCUUACAUCCUUGCUCAGUUGCUCGCUUGCGUUGCUGCGCUCAUCUCAUUUCACUAUCAACAGACUUCAUCGGCGGGUCGAAAGCUGAAAGAGGAAAAACAAUGGCGUCGGCGAUUCUGCGAUCUGGUCUUCUUCGAAACGUUCUUCGCGGCGGCUCAAAGACCUCCGCUCCAGCCAAACGGCAAUUCUCUUCUUCCGCUCAUCACGAUGUUGAAUUUGAGGCCAAAGAAGCAUCAAAAUGGGAGAAGAUAACUUACCUUGGAGCUGCGUCUUGCACUGCCUUAGCCGUUUACUGUUUGUCAAAGGGCCAUCAUCACUUUGACGAGCCUCCGGCAUACCCCUACUUGCAUAUCCGCAACAAGGAGUUCCCAUGGGGACCGGAUGGCCUUUUUGAGGUGAAAGAGCACCACUGAGCCUUUCGUUGCCCCUAUUAAGUGGAGAUUGGAGUUCCCCUUGUUUAUGGUUUCACUUUUCUCUGCCCCCUUUUUCCUGUUUAACCAAUCAAUUGUUGGGCAACCUCAGUUUCUGGAUUUCAUGAUAGUGGAUUACUAGACCCAGAAUGCUCCAGUUCAGUAUCUUCGAUGCUUAUGUUUGGUUUUAAGUUUGGGCUGCAAAAUAAAACUGAUACUGGUUUGGAAUAGUCUCCCUCCAUUCUAGUUGCCGUGGUUCUUAACUGCAUCUCCAUUCUGCGGUUCGUUUCCGGUUAUCAAACUAUCAUGGGGAGUGUAGACUGUCCAAAUAACUUCUGUGAGUGCUUCAAGUUCUUAAUAAUCCUUGUAGCUUGAGUCGCUCAUUCAAUUAAUGGUUGUAAAUGUUUGGAUCGCCUGCAUUCAUGAGAAUCGUCAGCUUUUCACAUGUCGAGGCAAAUUACCAGUCUUCAAAGUCAGCAGAGUUGCAAAAUAGGUUUA